CAGCGCGCGCACACCCGCCCGCCGCUCCCGGGUGCCCCGGUCACACGCACAUCCCUACCCCCCCACCCCCCCGCUGCUGCCGCGGCGCCUCUCCCGCGGCGGCGGGCGCGCAGGAUGCCGGCCGACCUGAUGGAGAAGAGCAGCGCCUCGCCGGUGGCCGCCACCCCUGCAAGCGUCAACGCGACCCCCGACAAGCCGAAGACGGCGGCGGAGCACCGGAAGGUAAGGGCGGCCGGGCCGGGUUGCGCCGAGCCGGGCAGCGCCGCACGGAGCAGCGCCGGGCGCUCACCGCCGCCUCUCUUGCAGUCCUCCAAGCCCAUCAUGGAGAAGCGGCGGCGGGCGCGCAUCAACGAGAGCCUGGGGCAGCUGAAGACGCUCAUCCUGGAUGCGCUGAAGAAGGAUAGCUCGCGGCACUCCAAGCUGGAGAAGGCCGACAUCCUGGAGAUGACAGUCAAGCACCUGCGGAGCCUCCAGCGAGCCCAAAUGACUGCUGCUCUGAGCACAGACCCCACGGUGCUGGGCAAGUACCGUGCCGGCUUCAGCGAGUGCAUGAACGAGGUGACACGGUUCCUCUCCACCUGUGAGGGUGUCAACACCGAGGUGCGCACCCGGCUCCUGGGCCACCUGGCCAGCUGCAUGACCCAGAUCAACGCUAUGAACUACCCUGCACCCCCACCACCACCACCACCACCGCUGCCACCAGCCGCAGCCUUUGGGCCACCCUUGGUGCCGCCGGGCAGCGCUGCAGGGCCACUCCCGGGCAUGCCCUGCAAGCCAGGUGCUGACACGGCCAAGGUGUACAGUGGCUUCCAGAUGCUGCCGGCCUCCGACGGGCAAUUCACCUUCCUCAUCCCCAGCACCGCCUUUGCUCCCGGCGGAGCUGUGCUGCCCCUGUAUGGUGGCCCACCCUCGGCUGCCACCGCUGCCUCACCGCCCGGCCCGCCACCCGGCACAGCUGACUCGGUCUGGAGACCCUGGUGAGGGUGGUGGGCACUGCACUGGACUGAGCACUGCACCCUGUGCUGCUGGCACGGCUGUACAUAGGUUAUAUGUUCAUAUUGGAUUGUGCCUUUGUACCAUAGCACUCCUUUGACAGUG